AUGUGCAUAAAGUUUUUGGGGGUAAAGAUUAAUUGUAUUGCAAAAUUCUAUGUUUUCAGUGUGAAUCCCUCUGCUUUCAAUUCAAUUGAACCACUGACUGGUAGCAAUUUUAAGAAGUGGAAAAGAGACUUAGAGAUAGUUCUAGGUCUUCUAGAUCACGACUUAGCACUGAGAGAAGAGAAACCUGAGGUCACUGCCGAUAGCAAUGCUGAACAGAAGCAGAAACUCGAGAAGUGGGAGAAGGCAAAUAGGAUAUGCCUACUUGUCAUGAAGAAAUCCAUGACAGAAACUAUUUGUGGAGGCAUCACUGAAUCUGAGAAUGCUAAGGAGUUUUUGGAGGCUAUAGGACUGAAGUUUAAAGAAUCCGAGAAGGCAGAAACUGGUACCUUGAUGACCAAACUUGCAACCAUGAAGUAUGAUGGUGUCGUGGACAUGAGGAUUUAUCUUUUGAGCAUGAUAGAGGUUGCAAGCAAGCUGAAAGCUCUUGAGAUCCCUAUAGCUGACCCUUUUCUAUACCAUACUGGAUGA